AACGCUGGAAUGAAAAUAUAAAUAGAAGUAAAAUGAACAUACUUCCUACAGUAAAGAAAUAUAGAAGCUGGUAAUAUUGUGAUAACACUUUUAACAACAGUGUCAAAAUGAAUAAGUUACGAGAUAAGUUUUUACUGAUGUGUAUAUUUACCGUCUGCGCGUCCAGUGCCGUACUAGCCGAGAGUUACAGGGCUGGUGUGGCCCUAUAUAAGGUGGUUCUUGCCAAGCCUGGUGCAACUCCACAAGAACUGAUAGAGUCGAAUCUGAAUCAGUAUGUGAAGUUGAUAGACUCAGUGAAAAACAAGGUAGACAUUGUGGUAUUUCCUGAAUAUGGUUUGACCACUCUCACACCCAUAACAUCACUGAAAGAACAUCUGAAGACUUACAGUACAAUUGUUGAAGCAGUUGGUACACAAAUAUGCAAUCAGAGUAGCACGGCAUGCGCAGCGAAAGCAAAUAAUCAAUAUGUCAUUGUCAACUUGCUGGAAAACGACAACAAUGAUUAUUAUAUUACAAAUGUUUGUUUGGAUCCUAGCGGGUCAAUUUGUUUGAGAUGUCGAAAACGACACUUGUACAGAGAAACUCCUUUCUCUGCGCCACCAGCGGACGAUAAGGCGUGCGUUUUCGAUGCGAAAAUCAAUGCUGCUACCGUCACAUUUUCCGUUUUGUUCGACACCGAUAUGCUCUACGAGAUUCCAAAAGAAUUGAAACACGAUAAUAUCAUCAUGACAACUUCGAUUGUAAAUAGUCUGCCACUCGAAUUUGGCCUCAGUUUAGAAGCUGGCUUCUCAGUAGGAAACGACGUAAACCUGUUGGUGUCUGGGUUUUGGGACGCCAAGAAUAACUACGGAGGGUCAGGUAUUUACCACAGAAAUGGAACCAGUGUUGUUGGCAUGAGUGCUGAAGGAGUUCCCGAUGCUCUGAACGGAAGUACAAUACUCAUAGAGCAGAUGCAGUUGAAGCCUCGCGAUAGCCGAAAAGUAAAUUUCGAAGCCAAACCUUAUGGAACAAUUCAGCCUCAGAAUGUGAAUUAUAAAAAAAUCGAAGGAUUGGGCGACAUGAAUAAGACGGUUAGCGAGAAAUGUUUGAAUGACAACAGUUUGUGUUGCAAAUUCAAAGCAGAAGUUGAUCAGGAAUCCAUCGCUCCUUACAGGUGGGUGGCGAUAUCCAACAAGACGACCAUCUUAAACCAAACAGUCGAUGUCUUCAUUUGCGCCUUAGUAAAACCUACCGACGGCGCCAAACCGAUCAAAUUCCAGAAGGUCUCCAUUUCCUCGAAUUUGAGAAAAUCCGAAGCUGUACAAUCCUUACCCAUAGCUUUGAGAAAAGACUUUGUUCCUGCCUCCUUUGUAUAUGAAGAGGCAGACGCGGGAACUUCCAUUACUUUGAACGAAGAGGCGGAACUUCUAAUGUUCGGCAUCGUCCAAGUGAUGCCCCACAAGAAAAGUCCAUCAUCUAAUACGGCUCUAAUCGUAGUAAUCGUUCUGUUGGUUUUGGUGGUAUUAGCGGUCGGAGGGUUUUUGAUAUGGCGCAAGAGGCAGAGGAAGAAUAGGAGCGCUUUGUAGAGUGGGGAGAGAGUAAGAAUUUGUUUGCUACUGUUUGGUUUUAGGUUGAAGUGUUGAUACAUAGGAGAGUUCCUCAAAAUAUUGUACAUUUCGUCGUUUUUUCAUCCGGGUAUGGGGAAUCUUAGUAGGCAUGUUGCCUUUUGGGACCCAUUGAGCAGAGUUUUUUGCGUUAUUGAUGUAAUUUGUCGACCGCUAAAAUGGACUGAUGUGAGUCUGUUCCAACGAAAAAUUUGUAUGGAGUUUAUUCACAUUCAACAUUCCUGCUCAUCAAAUGGGUGUAGAUCAGGAGUAACAUUGCUUUUCGCACCCAUGAGUAAUAAUAAUGGUUUGUCUUUGUCAGAAAUAUAUUUGUCCGAACACUAUAUGCCAUAAACAUCAUUCAUGGAAUUCUAAGAGCAAUUUUGGUUUGCUUUAUUUUUGUACCGCUGAAAAAGUUUGUUUUUAAAAACUACUUCCACGUUCGCUAUCAUUCGCACAAGUCCACCAUCAGUAUUUUCUUCCCAGCCAAGGUCUUCAUUAUCAUACUCGUCUUCAUAUGCACCAAUAUAUGGAUUUCGAAAUUGAUGGUUUCAACUUGAAGCUAAUUACCCUCAGAAGGUUAAAGGAGACUGAAAUAAAUGAGUAUUUCCUUUUUGUAUCAUUGAUGUUUCAAUAUUUUGAGGGAAUCAAAUGCAACAUAGCAAACAAACGAAUAGUUCAAAGAUGAAACCAAAAGCAAACGAUAAGGUAACUUUACCCAUUAUAAGGUGCACCGCCAUUUUGUGUUGUUAUAGCGAGCAGAAUUUCGAUGUAAACUAAGCGCUAGUGGUCUGUUUAUCAUUGAUAAAAUGCAUUCCUCACUUGUUUGGAAUAACCUUUAAUUAUCUAUAUGUGAUUAGAUAACAUACUCUAAUAUACAAAUUGUCUGCUGAUACUUAUUGUAUACUACAUGUCAUGAUAACAGAAAUAUAGUUUUCUUUAGAAAGUGUCAUGCAGAGAAAUUGGAAAGGGUAAUUGUCUUGUCUCGUCAAUAGGUGUCAGGUGUGGGGUUUUAUGCUAACACUCAUGACGAGAUUUAAAUGCACUGGUAAUAUAAGUAAUGUAGCUUUUAAUAUGAGAAUUCG